ACAUUAUUUGGUUGAGCAGAAGGUUUGAUAGAUAAAAAAUUGUUUAUUUUAUUUUAUCGUACUUCACAGCAUUUUUUUGACAUGAUCGAGGUUUUACUUUUCAUAUGCAUUAAUGGUGAUGCUAGGACAAGGAUGACGGAAAAAACCCUACGCGUAUUGAUACAUUUAUCAAAAGUUUAAAACACAUACACGAAAAGGUGGUGGAGCAGUUAAUGAAGAAACUUCUGCUAUCUUUAACAAAUUGAAAGCGUUGCGAUGCCAAGAUGGGUCUAGUUCACAUCCCAUGUCAGAGGGUGCGAUUUUCAAUCAAGCUAUAGGACCUGAGCAACCCGGGCGUACUCAAGGGCUAGGCUUAGGAGCAACCAAGAGUAAGCUGCUUGGUGCGAAGAAUAAUGAUCAAGCACCGUCCCAAUCCUCCACCAAACGUGAUCGAGAGUUUAUGAAGAUGAAAUCCAAAGUGCAAAAGACGAAAAGGUUCUUAGAAGCUAUGGGUUACACAGAUGACACAGAUGACGAUUCAGAUGAGUUCAAUGAGGCACCCAACGAGAAUCAUCCGGAUGCCUCUAGCGCGCACCGUGAAAUGACAAUUGGCAAUAACCAAGCAAGUCCAGAAGAGAUAAAUCUGGCACACCAGUCGCAGCCGGAACCAACUCCAUUUCCACGACCGAAUCAACAGGCUGAUUCUCAUCAUCCGUGCGAGCCGGGAUCUACGGCUGCUGCUGACCUUGCCAUGUGGAAGCAAGCUGAGGCAAGUAGAGAUGCUCACAAGUUUGUGAUUGUCUCUUUGUCGGGCUGGGGUUUGCUCUUCUUUGGGGGGUAUAUGUUCUUCACAGGAGGCAAGAAAAACAAGGAAGAGAUAGUGUUCUAUGAUCUUGAAACCUAGAGUAUCAGAUGUUACCUGUUUAUUCAAGUCUGUUUAGGGAUUAUUUGUUUGUCAACAUUGUAUGUUCAUAUGGAUAAGGCAUUCAUUCGUUUUUCUGCACUUUUGCUCUUCUUUAAUCCUCCAUUAUGAAGUGUUGUUUCCAUAAAGAUUGGGCUGACCAUGAAAGUGCCUCAAGUAGAAGUGAACAAUGCAUCCGUUAUUUAGAGAUUCAGCCUAAGUUACAAGUAUGCUGUACUAAGUAAGAAUUAACGUGAUGUGAUGUUACCAAAAAAGACUGAUGGAUGGUAAUUUUGCCAAGAAUCUCAAGAACAUAGAGCAGACUGUCAAAACAAGUACUUGUUAUAGGCAAAAGACUCAAAACUAAGUUUUCUUUGUUGGGACACAGUAAAAUUGUAUGUUUUUCCUCCUUAAAAGUAUAGCGAGGGAUGUUUGAAUAGGCACCCCUUUAUAGGCCAUACCUCAAAAGCUUAAUCUUUUUUUAUCCCUUCUGGACAAACAAGCAAACGUGGAUCAACAGCUGGUCUUGGCCCUUAUUUGCUCACUAUUAUAUUGAGUAAACACUUGACCAUUACCUAACACGGUUUCUGGCUCAGUAAUGUUUGCUUUGGAACUUAUGUUUCCCAUUGGGCUGAAUUGUAGUGAUUACCUAACAUGGUUUCUAGAUCAACAGAUGUGACUUGGAUGCUUUUGAGUUUAUUUUGGUCUUAAUAUAGUGUUCCAAUACCAA